GGGUGCUGGCGCGGUGGCUGGCUCCGACGAUUUCUGGUGUGGCCCCGUGUCUGAGUCUGCUGUCGACGCGACUGGAAACCGACAACGACCAUGCACAGCAAGUCCGGUGAGCCGUGCGGCCUGUUCUGGGCAGCUCUGCUGUUGCUGACGGCACUGCGGGCCGGCUGCUCGGCGGCACUCAGCGGUCCUCCACCGACACCUCUGGCCAGGCAGCUGCGCCAGGGUGCCCCCCAUCUCACGCUCGAGCAGCUCGGGGCCAGUCUGGAGGAGGGUGAGGAGCAACUGGAGCGUCGGCUGGACCGCUGGACCCUCGACGUCACCGGACAUUGGCAACACCAUCUGGCCGAGAUGCUGGAGCGACGCCAACUGGGGGUGACUGGUUGGCAUCCUCAGCAUCAGCAGGAGCGGCGGCGGCGACGGCGGCGCGGCGUCGACGCCCUGCCCGAGGAGCUCUGGCAUUCCUACACGUACAACACGCGUGUCGGCAACCGAGAGGAGCUGACACUGCACGGCCUGUACGGCGGCCGCCAGCUGAACGUCUCUGGCCCUGCUGCGGACGCGCCGCCCCAGUGGCAGGUCGUGAGCCAUAAGGGGAUGUUCUACAUGUUUGUAUUAUAUCCCUUCGCUGGGACUGACAAGCUCCACUUGGUGAAAACCAAUUUCGACGGUAUAUUUCUCGAACAUACAGUGGGCUUCUCGGCGGCGGACCUGCGCGUCACGCCGUUCCUGCACUUCAUCCACUCGAGCCACCGUGUGCAGCUGUUCCUCUUCGUCAAGCGCGCAGUGCCUGUGACGGGACUGUACGACGAUGACAGCCGCACCUCCGAGCAGAUCUUCUGCUUUCUGGUGGACCAGGCCACCCUGGAAACGACGGAGGCCUGCGCCCCGGUCACCCUGCCGAGCGGCCCUCCCACGGCCGAGAUGCUGGUGGACACUCUGGUGGACGUGGCCACCGGGGCCGAGACGGUCGCGCUUAUCCCGGUCCGGCAGGGCCGCGGCCUGGCCGCAUACAAGCUGCGCAGCAUUCCACACUCGGACUCGUUCAACCUCGGGCUGUACGCGACCAUCGACACCAAGGGCUCUGUGUGGCGCGUGCGUCUCUUCACCGUGUCCGGUCACAGCUACGUGGUGGUGGCAUACGGGGACGGGCCGUUCGACAGCAUGAUCCAAGUGUUCAGAUACGACGCGGGAAAAUUCACUCUGGUCCAGACGCUGGCGGUUUCCGAUUACGUCAUCAACAUCGAAGUUUUUGGAAUCGGCUUUCAGCACUACCUCGUAUUGGCGCAGCAAAGCCGCAUAGCGCUCUACACAUGGCACGGGGCCAAUUUUGCACUGCUGCAGGACGAGUCCUCAACGCUCACCUACAAGUGGACAGUGGUCGCCGUUAGAUCGUGCAGACACGAGGUAGUGCUGGUGAAGGUGUUCAGCGCCGUCGUCGAGGCCUCCUAUCAGCCGAAGCAGGUGGAGUUCUACGUGCACAACGCGCGGACCGGCCGCUUUAAUCGGGUGGCGAGCGUACCUUGCGUGUACGGCACCCGGACUGGCGAGGGCCUGAGCUGCUUCGAGCAACCCGGUGAUGAGCUCGACCUGUACCACCUGGUGGGUGUGUCCACAGAGAACGCCACCUACAUCAUCGCCCCCUCCAAGCUUCAUCAGCUUAUCCUGGUGACAGUCAACGCGAGUGUCGGCUUCGUUCACGAUCCGGUCUGGCUGGAAAAUAAGGCACUGAACGAGCGAAAGGCAGCGUUACAGGCGCAGUACGAUGCCAGCCUGCUGAAGCUAGACCGCAUCGAGGCGGUGCUGGACCACGUGAUUGUGCCCGGCAGCCACCAGCAGCUGCAGGGAGACUACAGCUUCCUAGGCCACAUCACUGCCGACACCCUGGAUGCGCCCGAUGCAGCCAUCGGCCGUGUCCGCAUGACCGGCUUCUCGGGUGACGUGUUCCGGCUGGUGGCGCCGCUGGUCGAGCUGACGCAGAAGGUCGCCGUCUUGGAGGACUCGAUCGCUGCCGCCGUCGCUCGGCUCCAGGACGUGGUGCAGAUUGACGACUCCGCCGUGGUCAUAACGGGCCAGAAGAACGUGGUAGGCGGCGUGUCGGUGUCUGAGCUGGAGGCCACUGGCGCCCUGUACGUCAACACUGUGGGCGGACGCGACUUCAACAACACGUUGGUGGACCUCGUCACACCGGACCCACCGCGCCACAUCUGGGGCACCAAGACUGUCGCGUCGGCGCUGAACGUCUCCGGCGAGCUGACGGCCGACCAGCUGAACGGCAGGCCCGUCUCCAACAUCGUGACUUUGGACACGAUCCAGGAGCUGAGUGGGCCGCUGCAGUAUGCAGCUGGCACGCUGUCCAUGGAUGCGCUGUCCGUGACCGGACUGCUCGGCGGCGUGCGCACCCAGGAGCUGGCGCUGUACGGCGGCUCCGGACCGCUGCCCGUGCCCGUCUCGGUCGACACGCUCUCCACCACCAACUUGAGCGUGGGUCUCCUGAACGGACAGCAGGCCGAGGAUCUGUUCUCCGGCGUGCUGCUCUCCACGGGCGGCACGUUCACGCAGUCGGUCACCUUCGAGGGCGACGUCCACCUGCAGAAUGUCCAGAUCACGGGGACGCUGAACGGCGAGCAAGUGGCCGACCUGCUGGCUUCGGUCGUCUGGACGGACGCCGCCCAGUCACUGGACGUGCUGCGGCUGCAGAAUGCCGUCGUCGCCGGCAGCCUCAGCCCGCAGGCAGUCAACGGCCAGCCGUUUCCGGGGGAUCGAUACGUGACGCCCAGUGGCGUGCACGCCAUCACCGGCGCCAAGACGCUGAGCCGCGUCACGGUGGCGCGCCUGGCUGCCGGGCGGCUGGACGGCCUGGCGCCGACCCAGCUGGUGACGCUCGACACCAGUCAGACGCUGGAGCGGCUGCGGCUGGACGCGGCGCAUGUGCUCGGCCGGCUCACGGUUGGCGGAAGGGUGGACGGCGUGCGGCUGGCACCCGGCUGGCUCGACCACCUGCUGAGGAACGGCACGCAGACGCUCAACACCACCCUGGUGUUCUCUGGCUCGGUGACGCAGCUGGGCGACCUCACCGCCGCCGACCUCGACGGUGGCCGGCUAGAGCGGCUGCUGACCCGGCUGGUGUCGCAGCCGCCGCCCGGCCAGCCGGCUAGCGUCGGCGGUCGCAAGCACUUGGCGGCGUCGGUGGCUGCCGGCGCUGUGACCGUACGAGGCAUGGUGAAUGGCGACAACCCGGCCGACUGGCUGACGCUCUCCUCCGACCAGCUGGUGUCCGGGCUGCUGACGCUGGCGCAGGCCGGAUUCUUCUCCAACCUGAUAGUGGCUGGCCAAGUGGACAGCGUCGACUUCGCACUGCUCUCGCAGGACGCCAUUUACACCACCGCCGAGCACCAGCAGCUGCUGUUGGGUGUGAAGGCGUUCUCCGACGCCGUGAUGGUGCCGCAACUGCAGCUUGAGGGCGCACUAAACGGCCGACAGCCGGCCGAGCUACUGUGGACGCGCGGCGACCAGACCGUCUCCGGCACGCACACCUACCUCGGCGCCAUGCGCGCCGGCGGACUGCACGCGCGCGGCCAGCUCGCCGCGGCGGCGGCCGACGGGAGCCGCACGGAGGUGCUGGUGUUUGACAGGCUGGAGGUGCGCGGCAGCACCACCAUCGACUGGAUCGGCGAGCACGACCUGCUGCAGCUGACCGACGGUGUGCUGCGCGCCGGCGGCGGCCUCGUCUCCGGCCGCUGGCACUUCCAGUCGCUGCGCGUGAAUGGCUCGGUAACGUCGGCUGAGGGCGCCGGCGGCUGGCAGCUGAGCGGGCUGCGACAGCGGUUGGUCAGUCUGACCGGCGUCACCACCGUCGGCGCGCCGCUGGCAUUCGAGCAACUGCUGGUGACUGGAGCGGCGGUCCAAGGCCGGCUCUGGUUGGGCGGCCUGCCCUGGCAGCAGGUGCUGUUCGGGCUGGCACAGCGCGGAGACGACAUUGUCAUUAACGCCACCAAGACUUUCACCGCCGGCCUGCACGUGGUUGCCGGCAUCCACGCGGCGUCGUUGCCGCUGCAGAACGCGCUGCUGGUGGGCGCCGACCAGGUCGUCUCUGGGACCGCCUUCUUCCACAAUGACGUCACUGUUCACGCCAGCCUCAUCUCUCAGCAGCCAGUUAACGGCGAAUAUGGUGUCACGCAGCUGUCGUCUCUGUUCGUCACCGAUCCGGACAACGUGACCGUGACCGGCGACCUGGUGAUCUGGGGCGCCAGCUCAAUAUCUGAGGUGAGCCUGUCGGGCCUGCUGGGCGGCCGGCCGGUGGCCGCAACGCUGGCCGCCGCCGUGCCUCUGUCGGCGGCCGGCGCCAGCUCGCUGUCCGGCCGGCUGACGUUCACGGACGCGGUACGAGCCACCACGCUCCACCUGCGCGACGGCCGGCUCAACGGACGCCACCUGGCCGUCUACCUGGCCACAGUGCGGCUCACGACGGACCACCAGUGGCUGGCGGGUCCGGUGGUGGCCGGCGCGGUGACGCUGCCCGACGCCACCGUGCGCCACCUGACCGUGCGCGGCCUACUGGACGGCCUCAACUGCACCGGGCUGCUCGAGCGUGUUAUUCUGCUGGACGGCGACUACGAGUUGUCCGGCCUGUGGAGACUGGCCGGCUUGGCGGUGGCCGGUGAUCUGCGCGUGCUCUCGCUCAACGGCCAGCAGCCGGCCGCCCUGCUACGGCUGGACGGCGCCGUCACUCUGUACCACCUCAACGUCGUGGGAGACGUGCACGCACCCGGCAUCACCAACGGCUCGCUGUCCACCACGCUGAAUGGGAUCGCCCUCGGGCGGGAGUUCAGCGCUCUGUUUCCGCUGCACCACACGAGGCGGCAGAUACACCCGGGUGGGCUCAUCUUCACCGGUCACGUGGUGUUCAACGGCAACCUAGCUCUGGCUGGGCCGCUCAAUGACUUCAACGUGUCCGACGUGAUCGUGCUAGGCAACGCCAACACCAUUGUCGGGUCCUUCCAGUUCAGCGGCGCUGUGACGGCGGACGCGGUGGUGCUGGACGGCACGGACAUGGACCGAUGCGCCGCCACGGCCGUGUACCCCGACCAGAACGUGACUCUGCAUGGCCACUACCUGCUCACUUCGGUGGGCUUGGACGGCUCCAGUAUCGACCAGACGCUUGACAUGGACGACUCGCGGGCAAAUGUCACCGCUCUGCUGGGUCAGUGUGCCCGACAGGUUACAGAAUUCAACAGCUACUUCAGCUCACAGUGUCGGGCGAUGCUCGACCUCUACGACGACAUGCGCUCGACCUAUUACGCCCUGCGCUACUUCGACCUGGUCCAGGAGCUGACCUGGCCCGACAUGGAGCGUGUGCUCAGCUCGGUAGUGGUGGAGAAGGCGGAUAGCCUCCACGUGGUGGUGACGUACGUGCGUCGCUCGAGUGGCUGUCCAGAGACGCGGCUGCUUCAGUGGCGUGAGGACAUCACCCAGCUGCGGCCCGUCGGCGCGGCGCCGCUGGCCACCGGCGCCGUGCGACAGUGGCGCCACCUGCGGCUGGCCGGCCGCCACGUGCUGGUGUCUGCGGCCGGGCCGGCGCCACAAGGCUGCCCGAGCCUGCUAUCGGCCAUUUGGCUCUGGAGCGGUGACACUCUGCAGCUGAUCCAGAGUCUGCAGGCGUCAGCCACCCAGGUGCUGUACACCGAGGCCCCGCUGGGCCUAGCGACGCUGCUGCUGCUGGACCCUGCCGGACACUCUCUCUGGCGCCUCACGUACCACUCCGACUCUGGCACCUUCGUGGGUGGACCUGAACCUACUCAGGCCGAGCUGGUGGCGGCGCACCAGCUGCCGGACGGCUCGCAGCUGCUGCUCUCGGCCGAGGACAGCACGGUAGUGGUGCGGCACGAGACGCGCCACCAAGACGUGCAGCACGAGCAGACGCUGGGUGCGCUCACGGCCACCGCAUUAUACACCUACACCCUGCGCGACCGAGUCCUAAUGGCCGUCGGCGACGGGGGCUGGAGCUCGCUGCUCAACAGUCCGCAAGGGGUCAAGAUAUUCGAAUACUUCGGCAACGGGACGCACCGUUGUGUGCCGGUGCAGCACCUGGGCGCCGUCAGUCCGGCGGACAUGAUGUUACUAGCGGCCGGCAGUCUGCCCGACCUCUUCCUGGCCGUGGUCGAGCGCGACUGUGGCCUGCGUCUUUUCAUCGACAAAGGCGAGGCCGGCUUCGUGGAGUUCCAGCGGCUGGCGGUGCCGGGUGCCACCGCCGUCAGCCUCCUGUUCCCGGCCGACGAGUCGCCUCCGCAUCUGCUGGUGACGGCUGGCGACCGCCUCGUGCUGCUCGCCGCGCACAUGGUCGGCGCCCGGGUAACGCCAGAGGACACGGACUGCGCGCCGCGCCUGCCCCAGCCCUCCUUUGGUCUGUAGUCGACGCCGCGCCUACCUCAUCUUCCAGGCCGGAGGCUGCCGAUGCACGGUACGCCGACCUGGGACACGCCGCCCGGGUCCGGCAAAGCCGGGCUGUCGGCCCGGACACCGAAGAGACCGGCAUCCACGCGGCUGAGAUUCCGUGCGCCCGCAUACUCUGACGCCCUCUGUUCUCUGGACGUGUAUUGUAUAUUUGAUCGAAUAUAAAAUUGCCUCCUUCGUGCUCUGUCCGUGAAAUUUGCUCGGCAGCGUUCGACACGCGCGGCGCCAGAUGAGCCGUUCCGCAGCGACGGCGAGGGAGCAGCCAGUCUCGUGCUCGAGGUGGCCAUCAUGACUUUGGAACGUUCUGACCAUGGUUCACAUGGAUCAGGUAUUACAUGCUAUCUCAAUGGUCUCGCAGGCUCCAAAUAGUGUGAUAGUAACCGUAAAGAAACCCGGCAGACGGCCAAGGACCGAGUAUGGACAGUUCUGACACAUUCGGAUGAUAUAAACCACGCUAAUCGACCAUAACGGACAACUGUGCAGUCUGAGUCGGAUCAUCCCGACACUGAGUACAAGAGGUGGCCGGUACGUACAUAGGCUACGGAGUAGAGUCGCAUGUGAAAGCCAGUAAAAUUCCAUCUACCACCGCAGUCGCUCAGCGCACGAGACUUGCUUAGCAGAGGCUGACAGGGGGCGAUAUCCACUUGACAAUCCACUCAGAACUAAACCCAGACGUGAUGUUGCUGGGGUCUAAAUGUGUAUGAUCACGGGGCCUGAAUGUGUACCAGGACCAAUGCAUAUCACAACUAUACCUCUGGCGUCAUGGUCAAAACAGGCAUAAAAUGCCAUCCCUAUAAGGCAUGG